AUGACAACACGAAAAAAAAUUAAAAAUAAACUCAAAUUUCGAUGGCAUGUUAAAAAACCGAAUCAAAAACAAAAUAAUGAUACUAAUGGACAUAUUGAACCACAGGAUUGGAUAAAUCGUCAUGAUUUUAUUGAUGCAAAUCAACAAAAACCAGAAAAUAAAAUUCAAAUACGAUUAAAAUUUCAACCUAUUUUUAAAGCACUUGCACUUCAUAGUUUUUAUGCACAGACCAGCAGAGAAUUGUCUUUUAAAAAAGGCGAUAUACUUCUUGUCCUAAGGCGUAUUAAUGAUGAUUGGCUUGAAGGUGAAUAUCAAGGUUCAAUCGGUAUAUUUCCACUUAAUCAUGUUGAAUUAUUUCCAAUUGAAAUCAAUAAACAAGAUGAUUAUUUAAAUGAAUAUGAAUAUGACUAUGAUAUUGAAGGUGAAGCUAUUGUGAAAUAUGAUUUUAUACCACAACAAACAUUUGAGUUACAAUUACGAAAGGGUGAUAAAGUAAUUCUAUUACGAAAAAUUGAUAAUUAUUGGUAUGAAGGACGUCUCAAUCAUAUUGAAGGCAUUUUUCCUGCAGCUUAUGUUGAAACAUUAAAAGAACCAGCAGAUAUUUUCUCAAAAAAAUCUCAUCAAAAUGAACGUGCUCAAAUAUCAAAACAAAAUUCUCCUGAUUUAGAAGAACCAUCUGUUGAACAAAUAAGUAUUAUUCCAGACUUAUCAUUACCACCUAUGCGAAAAUGUCAAGUACUUUAUGAUUAUACACCACAAAAUCCAGAUGAACUUGAAAUUCAUGUUGGAGAUAUAAUUAAUAUAAUUGAAAUGUGUGAUGAUGGUUGGUAUUGUGGAAUGAUGGAAAAAUCAAAUCAUGAUAAUAAAAUGAAAUUUGGAACAUUUCCAGGAAAUUAUGUUAAAUUAUUAUCUUAA